UCGGCUUCUGGCCGGGCGGGCUUCGCGGCGCACCACGGUUCUCUGCGCGGGCGGCAUGGAGGAGCGCGGCGGGUCCGAGCCCACCCCGGGCUGUAGCGGCCCUAGCCAGGGUCCCGUUCGCGGUGGCGACGGCGGCACCCACACGUGGGCUCCCGAGGACGCCUGGAUAGGCACACACCCUAAGUACUUAGAAAUGAUGGAACUAGAUAUAGGAGAUGCCACCCAAGUUUAUAUAGCAUUCUUGGUUUACCUGGAUCUCAUGGAGAGUAAAAGUUGGCACGAAGUAAACUGUGUAGGGCUCCCAGAACUACAGCUCAUCUGCCUCCUUGGCACUGAGAUAGAAGGGGAAGGGCUACAGAUGGUGGUGCCCAUACCCAUUUCUGCUUCAAUCAGCCAUAGCAAGAUAAGGGAACUCUUGAAGGCGUCUAGGAAGUUGCAAGGUGACCCGGAACUGCCGAUGUUUUUUACUUUGGCCAUAGUGGAGUCAGAUUCUACAAUUGUCUACUAUAAACUUACUGAUGGAUUUAUGCUGCCCGACCCUCAGGUCAGUUUUGAAGUAACUGACAGGAAACAGUGAUGGGAGACAAAGAAUAUUUCUCUUAGGAGAUAACAGCUGUCCUUCCUGGUGCUGAUUCUAUUCCUGAAAGAUUGGAUUUGAGGUCCAUCUGCCUGCUUCGUCUUUUAUCUCAGAGGUAGUCAGGGUUGACUCAGCAAGUCCCAACCUAUAAGCUUUUUUUUAAGAAUAAAGCCUUCUCAGUUGGAAAUGUAUAUUGGUUGCAAAUAUAGAGUAUUUAGCCUAGAACUUUCUAAUCAGAGACAGUGUAUUUCCAUGUAGGUUUUCAGAGUGGGGGAAACUAUAUGUGCCUCUGCCAUCUCACAUCUGUAUCAGUAGACAGGUAUCCGUGAAUGGUACAGAGGAACUGCUACUGAAGAAAUUGACACAAGAGCAUUGGAACGUGGUCAUGGACGACACACCAACCUAUAAAAGUAGACAGUCGAGAUACCAGUUGUGAUUAUAGUAGGAAGACAUGGCAGUAAAUGAGUGACUUUGCCUCUUCUAGACAUUUCAUUUGUUAUUUGUAUUUCUUUUAUAAUGUUUUAAAAUUUAAAAAAUCUUGAAAUCUGUAGUAAUUGUCCAUUAUUGCAUGCUGAAAGUAGCAAGUUGUAACAGCACUUUUAUGAUCUUAAAUUUUUAUGGGCCAGUGAAUUGGGUGUAGACUUGUCAGCUGCAGUCUCAGCUGAGGUGCCACCAAGAUGGGCUCCCUCACUCCCUUUUCAGCAGCUUCCUUCACCUCAUGAUGCUUCCCAUCUCUUAAGGUGGUAGAGGCCUUACUCUGUGCCUUGCCACGUGGGCUGUCCCAGCACAACCAUUGCUUUCUCAAAGCCAACACGAGAUUCAGCAGGAUGGGCUUACUGUCUUGUGUAAUUGAGUCUCCCAGCGCUUCUGCCUUGUUCCUCAGUUAGAAGCAAGUCACAGUUUCUACCUACUCUAGAUCUCAUGGCUGAUUAGGAAGCAACAGUGACAGGAAUGGGAAAAAUGACAAAAUCCAGGAAUAAUGUGACAAACUAUUACAGGUUUUUCUUGGUCUGUGCUUGAUCUAUGCUCCGUUGACCAUUCCUGAGUUCCACUCUUUGUUUGUUUAUUUUGGUUUGUUUUCAAGACAGUGUUUCUCUGUGUAGCCUUGGCCCUCCUGGAACUCACUCUGUAGACCAGGCUGGAAUCAAAGUCAGAGAUCCACCUGCUUCUUUCUCCCUGAGUGCUGGAAUCACAGGCAUAUGCACCACCACCGCCUGGCGAAUUCCACUUUUCUCAAUGAAACAUUUUCACAGCUUGGGUUUGCCUUUGCUUGCCUCCAGAAGGCUUGAAGAAUAUGUUUCUUUGACUUCAGUGUGGUAGUUCAGAUCCAAGAAUCCUAAUAUAUGAAUUCUCACCUUCAUUCUUGCUGUGUCACAUUGGGCUAUGCAAUGUUUAGUAAGGAAUUCUUUCAUUGUGGUGCUAGAGAAAUGUACAUUUUCAGACAGAAAUGUGAAGCUUCACAAAUGUCUGCCCACUGAGUCAGAUCUAGGUAAGGAAACUGAAAUGGUUUUCAAGUCUUGGGCCGGCAUGCAGUUUCGCUGUGUGGUUUGGGAUGUUGACUCCACUUCAGAAUGUUCCAGGUGGCUUCAAGCUGUGCUGCCAGAGCCAGCUAGUUACCUGCUCAUGUGAACAAAGAUCCCGCACAGCUCGAAGGGAGAUAACCCAGCCAGUGUCUCAUGUUAGUGAAAACACUAGGUGAAGUAGCCCGUUCUAUUAAGUAACUUUGUAAUUGAGUUUACAUUCCUUUUUCCUGUUAGACCAAGACUCCUUAAGAACAGAACAGGAAACCAAGUCUUAAAAACACAGCUCUGUCCCAAUCCCCACAGUAACUGGCCAACAAAGCAUGUACCUUAGAUGUGAGCCUUAGUAGCUCUUGCUUUUUGGCAGCAAAUUUAAACAGUCUGCAUGGACACCAGAGGGUGCUAUAGCCUAAGCACAUUCCACACUGCAGCCUCAGUAAAAUAGAUGGUUUUUCUUGAGAAGUGCCCUUGAAUUUCUUCAAUCUGUGGGAAGUAGUAUAAAUAAAAAUACAAAUAAGUCUUAUGUGCCCACUCACCCUCUUUCUGACAGGACUUUAAAAUUACACUCUCCCCGCAUUAAAUAUGUGACUUGAGUCAGGCUUUGCUUAAAAUGUAAAGCUAUAUUUAAAGCCUUUUGGGGGAAGGGGUGAGUGGGAGAGACAUUUUUUUUCUAGACUUUUUUUUUUUUUUCAGAUCCAUAUGCAUUUCAUUUUUGCUUGCAAAGCCUGAUUUAAUCAUUCAGGGAGUUUCUGGAUCAGCUACCUAGCAAGAGGCCUCAUCUUUAAAGCAUACGCUGUACCUGUAGUAAAAGACAUGAAUUGCUGCUGUAAUCUAUUUAAGCUUGCUUCCUUCCUUUCCAGCUGGAAGGACAGGAAAGGCUUUGUGGGAUUUCUCUCUGACUGCUCUGUUUUAGAGUCCCUGGUUGAUGUGCCCUCUGCUGGGAAGGCCCAGGACAGUAUGAAGUCAGCAAAACCCAGUGGCUCUUGAGUGAUUUCUUUUGUUCUGUCUGGGCCUCUUUAGAAGACUCUCCAUACCAUAGACCUGCCGUAGAGAGCAUGUUCACAGAGACGCCUUAGAAUUCACAGAUUCCAGUAGGCGAGCAAGCACUUAGGAAGUUCAUGUAAUCUGUAUUUGUUGGCUGAAAUGUCUUUACAAUUUAUAAGCCUGGAACCAAACAACUUAAAGCUUUGUUCAAGAUUUCGUCUCUUGUUCAGAGCAUUUCUGCUGAAUUCCUCUGUGAGGUCACUUUUUCCAUUGCUGCCCAGCAGGAAGCCUUUUCCCGACUGCUGGGCGCUCUUUGCAAGGCAUAUAGCGCUUCUGUCAGUAGUGGAUUAGGUGCCAGCUCCAUUGUAUCUUGACUGUUUACAGAAUAAUGUGCUAUCCUUUGGGCUACUUCUCAUAUACUUGCCCUUCUUUCAGGCCAAUAACUAUGCUGUGUCUUACCACCGGCCCCUCCCGGCAGUGUAAUCCACUUAAUGGCCUUUGAAAUAACAACUGUAUGUGCUCACAAAUGAAUAAAAGAUGGAAAGAUCA